AGUAUAAACAACAUGAAAUAAGCCACUACAAAAUAGUUUUAAUCCAGACUAAAACAGGGAUAUGCCUGGAAGGAAUUGUGCUUUCCCAACAUGUACAGUUUCAUUUACAAGUAAGCAUAACUUCAUGAGCUGCUUUCAAAUCCCAACAAGGAAAUGUGAUACUGAUUGGAGAAAUGAUAUUGUUAAAGUUCUGGGUAAAUAUCGUGAAGUAGACAAGUCACUGAGGGAGAGGAUUGCCAAUGGAAACGUCUAUAUUUGUGAACGUCAUUUCAAACCUGAUGAUAUUGAGUUGACAAAAUCUGGUCGUAAAACAUUGAGACUUGGUGCAGUCCCAUCUUUGAAUUUGCCAGUGAAGUCACACGAGACACCCAUUGUUUAUCGAAGAAAGCUAGAUGUAGCUAGUUUGUAGUAAACCUAAAGUAAAAACUGUCUGCUACAAACACUGGAAUGACUUCCUUGCACGAGCUACGAAAUCAAAGAAAACUAAUAAUUGGCAGCUUUGUAAUAUUAACAAUGAUACAAAAAUUUAUUUCAAAUAUUUUGAGAAACCAUUCUCUGUGCCGAAGUAUGAAGUUAUUGUGAAUGAUUCUUUGGAAUAUACUUGUUUGAUGUAUGGCUGGAAAUUACCAGAUGAUCAUGUUAUUUGUCCAGCCGUACUUUAUUUUAGCUAGCCGUACUUAACUUAAUUUCGUUUUUAUUGCACAUAUUUUGGCCUUCAAAGUUGUUUCUUAUAUGAUAGGACCCAACCGUAAAAUAUAUGUUGUCUUAUAA